UGUUACAGUGCUUACUGUACAAUAGUAUUUAAAUGCACUUUCAAAUUUAACAUUAUUUUUCAUUUUAACGUGGAUCACUUUUAGUCUUAACAAUGUCUUCGUGGAAGAAAGCUGCGAAGUCAGCGCAGAAAACUCAUCGGGAAAGACAUCAACCAGAAUCUCGAAAGCAUUUAGGUCUUUUACAGAAGAAAAAGGAUUACACUGCCAGAGCUAAAGAUUACCAUGAUAAACAGAAGACUUUGCAACUUCUGCGUAGACGUGCCCUUAACAGGAAUCCAGAUGAAUUUUACUAUCACAUGAUUAACUCUAAAGUUGAUAAAGGGGUCCACAGGGAAAAAAGAAAAGAAGUUGAUUAUACUCCAGAACAGAUACAGAUAAUGGAGACACAAGAUAUUCGAUACGUAGCUCACAAAAGAAACAUAGAAGCAAAGAAGAUAAACAGACUUCAAAGUGAACUGCACAUGAUAGAUGCUGCGAAUGAAACCAAGAACAAACACAUAUUCUUCGUGGAUGAUACAAAUGAGAUGAGAAACUUCGAUGUUGCAAAAAAGCUGGAUACUCAUCCAGCAUUGUUGUCCAGACGUACAAACAGGCCAAAAUUAAGUAGAUUAAAGGAUAUGAAACUGCCAGAAUUAGACGAACGUAGCUUAGAUCAAUUAGAACGGAAGAAACAAGUAGCUUACAGGGAAUUGCGAAAGAGAUUAGAUAGAGAAAGAGAAUUGACUAUUGUACAGCAGAAAUUAGAAGUGCAGAGAGCACUGAAAGAUAGAAAAAUUACUAAACCGAAAUUAGUAAGUAUAGGAACAAAGGAUGCUGCCCCUAUCUACAAAUGGAAAUACGAGAGAAAACGAUGA